AAAAAAAAUGACCCAAAAUACCCACCUAACCACCCUCCAAGAAAAUGGCUUCGUCGUAAUCCCUUCCCUUCUCACCUCCCCCGAAAUCACUCGUUUGCGCGAAGCCGCAAACAACGCCACCACUCUCACCCGCUCCGGCUCCUGGGCUCACUUCCGCACCGUGCCAAAACAGUUCCCACCCUGGCCCAAGACUCCACCGCCGGCCUCGGAGGGCGGCAUCUGGGGUGUGCAGCAUCUCCUGCACCCCGAGAUGCCGGGGCGGGAGGAAUUCGCCCGGUUUUAUUUUUCCGAGAGGGUGUUGGGGGUAGUGGAGGGGUUAUUGGGAGUCUCUUCUUCUUGUUCUUCUACGACGACUAAAGGUGGGAAAAAAGAGGAAGAAGAAGAAGAAGAAGAAGAAGAAGAACCCCUAGUCAUGGAACUGUUCAAUUUACUGGUUGCGCCCGAGACCAAGGAUUUCGAGCUUCGGUGGCAUCGGGAUGAUAUCCCCGACAUGGUGUCUGCGGAGGAAGAAAAGGCGUUACUGGAGGCCAAAAGCCCCCAGGGUAAACAGUUCCAUGCGCAAUACAACCUCGCUUUAUGUCCUGAUAGUUCGCUGGUGGUGGUUCCUGGAUCGCAUCGCCGAGUGCGCACCGAGGAAGAAAGAAACGCAGAUCGCUAUGCGGCUGAGUUACCGGGGCAGUUGGUGGUGGAGUUACAGCCUGGGGAUGCCGUGUUCUAUGAUAGUAAUAUUUUGCAUCGGGGGGUGUACAAGGCGAAGCUCCAGGGAGGGGAGGAGUCGAGGUUGACCUUGCAUGGGAGUGUUGGGUUGAAUGAGCGGGGGGGUAGUGCUCCGGAGAACAACAAGGACAAGAAAGUACGGGCAACGGCCGUGUUGCAGCAUGGGGUUGGGGCGUGGGUGCAGCGGGAGGAUGCCAAGUUCGGCAUUGGGGAGCGGCCGGAGAGAAUGCGGGCGAAUUUGGUGGCGAUGGGAACGGGGGAGGGAGUUGGCUAUUCGCUUCAAGGGUAAUCAUAUCCUGUACUGGUAUACAUAGCUUGAUAGUAGUAUAGUGUGCAUAUACAGGUAACCAUCAUCAAGAACCCGCCCAAAGAUCCCAAAUUUAACCCAAGGAUAAAAUCUAGCGAGGGGCAAAGAAUCAAAAAAAAAAAAAAACAUUAGAUGAGGUAUUUAUAAACCGUCAUCAGAAUCAUGCAUUCGUACUAUCAUUAGUCGU